AAGCAGUCGAUGAGUGAGGAGAAGGCAGCGAGACAAUGAAGUCAAUCAACAGAGAUACAAGAAGUUAACUUCUUGGGGUUGUCAACGUACAAUAACCAGUGCCAACAUCAAAGUUGGUGACUUAAUAUUUGUAGAGAAGGACCAGCGCGUACCUGCAGAUAUGGUCUUUUUACGUACAACUGAGACUAAUGGUGCCUGCUUUAUAAGAACUGAUCAGCUAGAUGGUGAAACAGACUGGAAGUUACGUCUAGCUGUUCCUGCUACUCAGAAACUAGAUUCAAAUGAAGAACUAUUUUCAAUGGAUGCUACUGUGUAUGCUGAAAAACCCCAGAAGGAUAUUCACAAUUUCAUAGGAAAUUUUGCUAAGCAUGAUACAGAAACAGAAGAAUCUUUAGGUGUUGAAAACACAGUUUGGGCAGGCACAGUUGUUGCUUCAGGGAGGCUUCUGGGACUUGUUGUUUAUACAGGGGCAGAAACAAGAUCAGUCAUGAAUAAUGCCGCACCAAGAUCCAAGAUUGGCUUGCUGGAUUUAGAAAUUAAUAAUCUCACCAAGCUUCUGUUUUUAGCAGUAUUAGGUCUGACAUUAGUUAUGAUGUGUCUCAAAGGAUUUGGAGGGCCAUGGUACAGGUACUUCUUCAGGUUUCUUCUUCUCUUUUCUUACAUCAUUCCAAUCAGUAUUUGCCUCUUGAGUUUUCUAGAAACUUUUUCUUUUGUUAUACUGGAGUUGGCCUUUGUAAAAUUGAGUUUUGUGUCAGUAAAUAAACAUACAUUGGCCAUUACUAAUAGGUUGGUUGCAAGUCCAAAAUGUUGGUUUAAGAAAACUCCUAACUAA